UCUCGCGGACGAGAGAGUGAAACUCGAUGGCUGUCGCGAGAAAGUUUACUAUGUUUGACACCCGUUGCUCGGAAUGUUGCUGUAGCUGACACGUAAGCCUAGCCCAUCUGAGGUACAUUGAUUGACGAUGGCGUUUAUCUUGUGCAAAACCUAGUCUAGUUAAUACUUAGCGUUUAAACUGAGAGACUUGUGCGGUGCAUUUAUGAGAGGGUUUUCUUCUGGCACAGUCAGUGGUUUGUUGACAACAGCUACUUGAACGCUGCGUGUGUGACGAGGGUGAUCAUACAUCCGGCUACACAGUUGUAGGUAAAAAGUUUGUAUUGUAGCGAUGGUUGUCGUCUUUAAAAUGGAGCCUCUUUGCCUGAAAACUAUAUUGAUGUGCUUAACAAUUGCAUCGGUUGGUUCGUAUCCAUUUGAAGGUAAUGGGAAUAAGUAUAACCGACCCAUAUAUGGUGGGCAAAACAAGAGAUUUGCUAACCCUAAUGUGUAUCAACGUAUGGCACCACGGAGAGAUCUUGGAGGUUUGAAACCAAAUGGCAAAGGAGAUAUUAGGAAAGCAAUGCCUCCAAUGGGAAAUGGGGAGCAGAUGGGAGGUGCUGCGAAAGGACAUAAAAAACCACCGGGUCAUGCACCACCGAAGCAACCUAAAGUACAAUAUGAGAAAGUUAUGUAUCGUGAAGAACUUGAAGUGACGUAUAGGUGGUCGGAAAAUAACCGUGUACACUUCACGUGUCCACGAGGAAGUUAUAUAUCUAAACUUUCGUAUACUUUCGGUACGGGAUCAUCUCCUGUUAAACCAUUAGGACUUGGGCCAAGCUUAACAGAUACAUUAACUUUAAAAGAUAAACUUCGAUUUGGCCUAAAAGAGGAUAAAUCAUAUGCAACAUUCCUACGUCACACAUCUGGUAAAAGUAUAGAUUCAAAUUCAGAAUUGUUUAAAAAUAUUGAUGGAUUACAAAAGAGUUUGUUGACUCGGACUGGUUGCGAUCCUAUAAUGUUUUGUCUCGGACAUCAGACUUGUCUGUUCAAACUUACUGUUGAUAUUUGUGCGAAUGAUCCAGCACCUGGGAAAAGGAAAUCAUUAAGUUUGAAGGUUGCAUGUUCAAAAGACAGCACGUUGGUGAACUACGCUAAAGAUACGGCUGAAUUUGAAAUGCUACGCAAGAAAGCGGAUGAAGUCAUGUACGUUGUGUAUGACCCAAAUGCAUCCUGGGAAACAACUAGUGUUUUAAAUUUUAUUAUCUCCACUGAACAGGAGAUUUUUGGAAUGGAUUGUCCAAGUCCUAAGGAAGCUAUUCAAUAUGGAUACUCUGGUUGGUGUAAAUCAAAUGCUCCGAGUCAGUUAACAAUGGCUAAUGACAUAUGGGAUAUAAUUGGACGAGUUAGUCAACCAGAAUGCAGAGUUGAAUUGAGAGAUGCCUACUGUGCAUUCCACAUGAAUGGCACCGGUGGUUGCAUACCACCCGUGUUUACCAAGAAAUUUACACUUGGAAUAUGA